UAAAAAACUUUGCGCUUUAAAGACAACAACAAACAACAUUAAAUAAGAUUCAUGGCAACGACUCAAUCACACACCUCAGAUCUUACUUCAGAGGAGCAACCUGCUAGUUUGGACAUCAUGAAGGAGCAGCAGAAUGUCCCGGUAAACAACGAGACAUCAGCUUCUUUUAAGUCCUCCCAGGAAGCUGCAGUUGUAGUUCAUCCAGCAAAAGUUGCUCCACUAACUGGACCUUAUGGUUUAGCCGGUGAUUUUGCUGGACACUUACCUAGCAGCAUCCUCUCUCCUCAAGCGCAAGGCUUUUACUAUAGAGGUUAUGAAAACCCCACAGGCGAAUGGGACGAAUAUUCCUCGUAUGUCAAUGUUGAAGGAUUGGACAUCACAUCUCCUGUUGGCUUCAAUGAGAAUGCUUCUCUGGUCUACCAAACGGGAUAUGGAUACAACCCUCAAAUGCCGUAUGGGCCAUAUUCCCCUGCAGCAAGUCCCUUGCCUUCUGAGGGGCAGUUGUAUUCGCCUCAGCAAUUUCCGUUUUCGGGGGCAUCACCGUAUUACCAGCAGGUAGUUCCUCCUAGCAUGCAAUAUAUUACUUCUCCAACUCAGCCCGAGCUCACCAGCCUUGUCGGUGUUGACCAACAAGGUGAUAACAUCGGACCACGCCCGUCCUACCAUCCUCAUCCCAUUGGACCUUUUAAUGGAAACCAGCCAAACCUUGGUUUUCCUGAAUGGCAGCAAGGUUUUGACGGGGGAAUAUGGUCAGAUUGGUCCAAGCCUUCUGAUAUGCACAGACAUUCUUCUUCUAUUUCUCCGGCUUUAUCUCCUCAGCCACUCGGCUCAUUUGGAUCAUAUGGCCAGAACAUUCCCAUGGGGUCACAGCGACAGAGAUCGUUUUACGGUUUUGGAUCUGGUUCGAACUCUUAUAACAGAGGUUAUAUGCAUAGUGGUGGUCGUGGCCAGGGUUCUAACUAUGGAAGUAGACUAAUUUCUAAUGUGGGUAUGGGAAACCACGGCUGGAUUGGGGUUGACAACAGUCGAGGGCGUGGAAGGGUUAGUGAUCCAUCUUUGGGUGGUGGUUAUAAUGGUACAUUUGAUAUCCUCAAUGAGCAAAAUCGAGGACCAAGGGCUUCAAAGCCUAAGACUCAGGUCUCAGAGGAGCUUGAUUCUGCUGCUGAUUCUAAGAAAAAUAACAAAGGCAGUGCAAAGGAACACGAGGAAUCCAACAACGCGGACUUUGUCACCGACUACAAUAACGCCAAGUUGUUCAUCAUCAAGUCUUACAGUGAAGACAAUGUUCACAAAAGCAUCAAAUACAAUGUAUGGGCUAGCACCCCUAAUGGAAACAAAAAGCUUGACGCUGCUUAUCGUGAGGCCAAGGAUGAGAAAGAACCGUGUCCACUGUUUCUUCUGUUCUCGGUAAAUGCGAGUUCCCAAUUCUGUGGUGUAGCGGAGAUGGUUGGACCUGUUGAUUUUGAGAAGAGCGUUGAUUACUGGCAACAGGACAAAUGGAGUGGACAGUUCCCAGUGAAGUGGCACAUUAUCAAAGAUGUUCCAAACAGUCAGUUCCGCCACAUUAUAUUGGAAAACAAUGACAAUAAGCCUGUGACUAAUAGUCGAGAUACCCAAGAAGUAAAACUGGAACAGGGCAUCGAGAUGCUAAAGAUCUUCAAGAACUACGAUGCUGAAACGUCAAUCUUGGAUGAUUUCGGGUUUUAUGAAGAGAGGGAGAAAAUUAUACAGGACCGGAAGGCAAGAAGACAGCCAAGCUUGCCAUCUGCAGGAGUAGUAGCAGGAGAAAAUGAACAUAAACCUGCUUCUGUUGCAUUGCCCACAGACUUCAUGAAGAACAUGUCCAAGAGUUUUGCGCAAGUUGUCCGCUUGGACGAAGGCAGCAAAGAAGCAGGCAAGGCCAGUUCACCUCCAGAUACAAUUACAACAACAGCAGCAGUCUCUUCUGGUCAAUCCAACUAGUAAGUAAAAGACAUCAAUUAGCAAAGACUAUGUUUUCAAAUUCCAUAAUAUGAUCUUUUGUUUGUUCUAAGAAGGUAUUCAAAUGAAAUUUUACGUCUGACCGGGUCUGGUUUUUGUGUAAAGCAAGCCUCUUUUUGCCCUUUUCUGCUUCCGGGGUAUUUAGCCAAAUUUGAUUCAUUUCCCUCUUUUCAAUGUUCUAUAAUACCCUCACUCUUCUGGGUUGAUAGAAAAAGAAGAUGAAGAAGAUAAUGUAUGAAAUACAAUAUAAUGUUGCUCUUGUAAAGUUGGCCUCAUUUAUCU